AUGGGCUGGAUUAUAUUUGAGAACAACAAAACCUCGACCACCGGCCGCGUGGAUAUUAGCGAUCUCAAGUCCGAUCGAAUCGUGGAAUGGCAAAGACGAUAUUUCGUGCUCUUAUUUGCCAUUAUGGGUUACCUUGUCCCUACUGUCGUAUGUGGACUGUCGCAUGGCGAUUUUCUCGGUGGAUUCGUCUGGGCAGGGUGUUUAGGUACAGCAGUACAGCAACAACUUACAUUUUGUGUGAAUUCUGUUGCUCAUUGGGUUGGGGAUCGACCUUUUACGGCGACCAAAUCCGCAAGACAAAGUCCGUGGGCUAUCACUCUCCUCCUUAUGGGAGAGGGUUACCAUAAUUUUCACCAUGAAUUCCCAACCGACUAUCGAACUGGGAUUCGGUGGUACGACGUCGAUCCAGGCAAAUGGAUGAUCGCUUUCUUAUCCUUUCUCGGACUUGCCACCAAUCUGAAGCGCUUCCCACAGAACGAGAUCAAUAAAUCGAUAUUACAGCGAAAGCGAGAGAAGCUAGAGAAUGAAAGUCAGGCUGUGGAUUGGGGGGGUUCCACUUGA